UGAAUUUUUUUAAUUACUCUUAAACAAAGAUAAAAUAUAUUUGCUUUACUUAUUGAAACCUUUUUGCGUAACUGUGAGGAGAGAAAAGGAUCGCAAAAUAUUCGACUGUUAUAUAAAAGUGUUGGGAAAAGGUUGGGAAACACUGGUCAAGAAAUUAGAUUGAAGUACUUAGUUCCCUUCAUCGCGCGAGAGUUUCAAUCCCAUCGCUAUUAAAAGGAAGGAGCGAGCGCUCCUGAUGCUCUCGUAGUGACACCUAAAAUAAACCUCAUUUAACAAGAGAAGAGAACGAGAUCGUGCGUAGACGUUGCGUACAAGAACAGCCUCGUGGCGAUGGAGAGGCUCAGUCGAUGUGUCUCCAUGCUCUUCGAUGUUGUGCUGCGUUUCGAGAAGAGGUAUCGCAGGGGCGGAUCUAGGAUCCCCCUACGAUCACUGCUCGUCGAAAGAGCGACCUGUCGACUUGGAAAAAGUAGUAGAAUCCGGACAAUUUCGUGAACCAGAUGUGCCGCCCAUCCUUCUCCCGUGCGCGAUAUGCGCACGGACAUUUAUGCCUCAGUCGUUGGAGAAGCACGCGAGGAUCUGCGAGCGGUCGGCGAACAAGAAGAGAAAACCGUUCGACUCGGCCAAGCAGAGGAUCCAGGGCACCGAGCUGGCCGAAUUUUUGCCCAGGCAAGAGAAGAAGCGACGAUCGCCUGAAGAGAGAUCCUCCUCCAAGUCUUGGAAGCAGACGCACGAUGAUUUUCUACGGGCUAUCCGCGCGGCUCGCAACGAAUCGUAAGUGGACUCGACCAUGCAGAAGCAGUGCAGCACGACGAUCACAUCGAGCGCGCCAACGCGGGCCAACGAGCAGGGGAUGUGCCCCACGUGCAAUCGCCACUUCGGCGUCAAGGCGUACGACAGGCACGUGGCUUGGUGCAAGGAGAGGAUCGCCCGGGUUCCGAUCAGCCCAGCGACGAACAUCGCCAAGGAACGGCUGGAAGCGCGGAUGAAGUAUCGGGCCCCGGCCGUGAAGAGUCGUCGGCAAGCGACCCGCGAGAAAUACUCGCCGGGCUCGGCGAUCACUCUCAGCGCUGGGAGCAAGAUGUCCCCGAGCUUGGUCCCGAACAAAGCCAAGGAGAGCGCGUCCGCACCGUCUUGCAACAACAAGAGCAACAACGACACCCCCGUUAAACAGAAAACCAUCCUCGUUAGACGUUCCAACCCGAUGAAGGAGUCCACCUCGACAAUUCCUCCGAUCAAGUCUCGACUGGCGGAUCGUGCGAAUAGGCAACUCGAAGACGACGUCGGCCCGUCCACCUUUCGACCUGCCCCCCCUGUUAAAAGAAUCUCCCACCUCCCAGUCCCGCCCUUAAAAGCGCAUAAGAGAGAAAAUUUCGAGGAGUGGAACAACAACACCGUUCCAACGAUCCAAUCGUCGCCGAGAUCGUGCGACAAGAGACGCGAAGCGACGAGAAAGUCGCAGGCAAGAGCGAGGCAGGAGGAGCAGAUCGGGCAAAAGGCGAGGCAGCAACAACAGGAGGAGAGGUGGUCGCACGGUCAAGCGUUGCCCUCGGCCAGGUCGUUGAGAAUGAACAUCGUCUCGGCUAGAAGCCAGGGGAAUCCGAAAGUGAACGAUGUCUCGAUCAACGACGAGAUCGUUGGGGUCACGGUGAAGCCUUGCAACAUAUACGAGGCUAGCCACGAGUUGACCACGUGGAAACAGAUCGCCGAGACGGAUCAGACCAAGGCUACGAUUCGAAGGAGGCACGACGACGACGACGACGACGACGACGACGACGACGAUGACGACGACGACGACGACGACGACGACGACGAGGAGGAGGAGGAAGAGGAGGAGGAGGAGGAGGAGGAGGAGACGAAGUUGAGCUCGAGGAGCGAGAGCGUGAAUUGGUCGUCGACCACGACCACGUUGAAUCAAACGUACUCGUUCAGGGGAACGGCGAACGACGAGCGUGCGAGGAGCAAAAGGUGGAGGCCGGUCAGGCACAGCCCCCGCGUCGAGUUCUGCUUGAAAGAGCCGGUUGAAAAAUGCGUGCCGGAUCAGGCGUUGCACGCCUCAUCCCUGUUCGCCGGCGAAACGGGCAAUAAUCGGGAGUGUUACGAUCCGCCAAAUGCCUCGGGCGAGGCGCAAUCGAAGCAGGAGGCGAUCGUUACUUGGACCAUCACCCGUCCCCCGUCCCGAGGGAUUCCAACUCGGCGAGGAGCGGCGAGAAAAUCACGUUCGAGAGAUCGACCGGUUACAACGAGGAGGGGGAGGGGGAUCUCGGGGGAGGAUGAGGGGAGGGAAAAUUCUUGUUCCCUGCCCGUCGGGAAAAAGGCCGAGUGGGAGGGGUACGAGGAGGAUCGUGGGGGGGGCAAGGUGGGGGAGGGUGAGGAGAAGGGGUUGAGGAGCGAGACGAAUUGGAUCGAGAUGGAGCCGGCCUCGUUCCUCACCGAGAUCAUGCUCCAACCGUCGAGAUCGAGCACCCCGUUCGUCAGCUUCGAGGCUCGUUCCACCAGGGAGGAGGAGGAGGAGGAGGAGGAGAGAUACGAGGAGGCGGGGAAGAAGGAGGGGGGGGACUCGAUGGGGUGGAAGUUGGAGAUCGACACGGAGACGGGUUCGGAGGUGUUGUAUCGCGUGGAGAACAACAAGAGCGGGGGGGGCUCGAAUCCGGGGUUGGAAAGGAACGGGUCGACGAGUUUCGCUUCACCGACGCUGCAAAAGGAGAGGAAGGGGGAAAAGCUACCUUUCUCGAGGGGCGCUAGGUCCUCCUCGCUGAGAAGGGAGGAGGAGAAAGCGGCGGCCCGAUCGCCGAUACAGAGGAAAGAGGUCGGGAAUCAGAUAAAUAUUUGCCACUGCUCGAAGGAGGUAUCGUCGAGGUGCGAGAAACGCGUGGGCGAGGAUUAUUCGAUGGUCGAUGCGAAGGGAGGAGAAUCGCGACGAUUGGUGGUGAGCUCGCGAAAUCGAGGGAACUCCAACUUGGACGAAUUGGAGAGGAAUUUUAAUUCGGACGCGAUCGAGUCGUCCACGAGCCAAUUCAACACGAAUCCGGACGCGAAGAACGGUUUGAGGAACAACGUGGAGGAGGAGGAGGAGGAGGAGGAGGAGGAGAACGAGGAGGUUGAAGAGAUCUAUUCGGCCAGAUUCGAUUGCGACAGCGAUAACAGCGUGGAGGAUCGGGCGCGGGAGGCGACGAGCGACGAUCCGAAAUGUUCGAGGAGAACGGAGGAGAAAACGGCGAGGCGAACGCUUCCGAGUUUGCGAUCGAUCAUUUUGUCCGAGUCUUGCGUGAAACUGAGCCAACGCGUCGAAAUGGAGGAUUCCGCGUCUGUGUCCACCUCGAAUCGAUCGACAGCCCUGAAAUCCCGGCGAUCGAGAAGGGUAGAGAUAGAGAAUAAAAUUCAGGAGAACGUCGAGACCGUGGAAGUGGAGACUAUCGAGGAGAUCGGAACCAGGAACAGAAGCAUAAAAUUUCGAAUAUUGCCGGAGAUAAAGGGGACAGGUGUGCUCGCGAAGAGGGGCUACGACGAUAAAGAGAGAACCGAUUCUCAAACGUAUUGGGAGAAAGCGUCGAAAGCAACGAGGAAUCGUUUGAUCAAUCUCGAUCCACCGUAUCAGGGGGCGAGCAGGUUUCUUAAGAGAAAUCCAAAAGUUCAUAUCCUUUCCCCCGUUCCAAGUAGCUCUUCCUUGGUUAACCGCAGGAAUAUAAAACUGCCAUUACAUCCUGUAUGGAGCAAUUACGUGCGCAGAAGACCGGAUUUUAAUCUCUUACUUAGCAGUAGAACCGGGAAGGAUUACGAUCCUUUCCUAUUGGCGGAGCAACAAAUGAACGACCUGCUCUCAGACACCAGCGAGCAAUCCGUGGCGGAUAGCGAUCCAUCGAUCGAGCAAAAUUCCCGUCAAAAAUCAUUCCCUCUCUCUCAUUCCUCGGCAUUCGUCAAAUAUCCUUGCCAAUCCUCGCCCAAUCUUUCGAGGAACGUUAAUGAAAAACGUUCCCCCUCGAACGUGGCUCCUCGAACGGAACUCGACGACCUCGCCUCGGACUUCUCGAGCGAUUCCACCGAGAUGAACUCGUUGUCCCGGGAGGUCGUCUUUCUCGAAGACGAGAAACAGUCGAAAGAUUCGAGGGAAUCUCCGGUCAGAGAGUUGGGUAGACGGGUGAUCAUCGAUAGGUCGAAAGCGUUGGGUGGGGACGGGUCGGUCGAGGAGGGGAGUAAAAGUGGUGGGGGCAAAAACGUGGCGGCCGGCUCGGACAGAGCUCGUAGGAUCGCGGAGUCUAAAGUGUCGCCGAAAAUGAUUCGACCUGUGGUCAAUCGUUCUCUGUCCGUUCGCGCCUCUUCCGCGCCCAAGGCUGCCCAAGAACGCGGGCAAAAAAAUCCCGUCCCCAAGAUCAAUCCCCACGACGAGACGAACGUGUUGUCUCGUAAAAAUAGGAAUUCGAGGAAUAACAAUAAUUUCGCUUUGAACCUUUCGAGCAGCAACUUGAGCCUUAGCUCGAUAAUAUCCUCGGACGUGGACAUGAAACGAUCGAAUUCGGUGUUCGACGAGUUGAUGACCUCGUUCGAGGAGGAUGAGAAUGGUUCGUUCGUUCCAUCCUUGAGAUCCCUUCUGAAAACCGAUUCCUUGUCCAGCCCGGUCCACGGAAGACACCGCAACGGCAGGAUCAGCGACGAGGAACUGUCUUCGCCCGAGAGCUACAAGAGGCAGGAUCACAAUAAAAUGAGCGGGGAUUCCGCGUACAGCAGUUUAAAUCGCAAAUAUUCACACCACGGACGCAGCACCAACGACGUGGCCGGACGUUUCGACGAGGACGCGUCGAGGAAUAACCGUCGUGACGGGGACGGAGGUGGUGGGAUCCACGUGACCAAGUGCAAGAUGUCCAAGUAUUGUCAUCAAUGCGGCUUCAAAUUCCCAGAAACCGCCAAAUUUUGUUGCGAAUGCGGCAUCAGGAGGCUCGUGCUCUGAAACUUUCGGCUGAUCGACAGCUAUGAACGACUUCGAAGAAGAGGCGAUCAACUUCGAAUAAGAUGAUAGAACGAUACGAAUGUAAACACAAGAUUCAAGAACAAAUGUCGAAGCACGGAUGAUGAUAAAAAA